CGGAGGGAGGCGGCAUGGCCCGGCUCGGCCCGGCCGGAGGAGGCGGCGGCGGCGGCGGCCCGCUCCCUCUGCGGCUGGAGGCUGCGCCCGGGCCCGCCCCGCACUGGCUGGCGGUGCUGAUGGUGCUGCUGCCGCCGGACGAAGCGGACCAGGACGAGGACGACGACGACGAGGAGGAAGAGGAGGAGGAGUGGGAGGAAGGCGACGGCCAGCAGCGGCAGCAGCAGCGGCGGAGGCGGCGGCGCUGGAGACGGCGGCGGCGGCGGGGGGCGGCGGGCGCUCCGGCCGGCGGGCUGCUCCCCGGGGACCCGCGGCGGCGGCUGCUGCUGCUGCUCCUGCCGGCCCAUGGAGGGGGAGGAGGAGGAGGAGGAGGAAGCCCCGGUCCGCGCUCCGACCUGCCCGCCGCUCCGGAGAGCCUGGCCAGAGGGGGGCUGACCAUGAAAGAAGAGCCCCUGAGCGGAGGGGGACUCUCGGCUGUCCGGUCUUGGAUGCAAAGCACGGGGGUCCUGGAUGCCCACACAGCCCUGCAAAGUGGCAUUGGGCUGGCUCGGGCCCACUUUGAAAAGCAGCCCCCGUCCAACCUCAGGAAAUCCAACUUUUUCCACUUCGUGCUUGCCAUAUACGACCGUCACGGACAGCCGGUGGAGAUCGAGAGGACGUCUUUCAUCGACUUUGUGGAGAAGGACAGAGAGCAGAACGGAGAGAAAACCAACAACGGCAUUCACUACCGGCUGCAGCUGCUGUACAGUAACGGACUUCGAACUGAGCAAGAUCUCUACGUACGACUCAUUGAUUCCAUGUCCAAGCAGGCCAUCAUCUACGAAGGUCAGGAUAAGAACCCCGAGAUGUGCCGGGUCUUGUUAACUCACGAGAUCAUGUGCAGCCGCUGCUGUGACAAGAAAAGUUGUGGAAACCGCAACGAGACCCCCUCCGAUCCGGUCAUCAUUGACAGAUUUUUUCUCAAGUUCUUCCUCAAAUGCAACCAGAACUGCUUGAAGAAUGCUGGCAAUCCCCGAGAUAUGCGCCGGUUCCAGGUGGUGGUGUCAACGACGGUGAAUGUGGACGGCCAUGUCCUUGCCGUGUCCGACAACAUGUUUGUCCACAACAAUUCCAAACAUGGACGCCGGGCACGGCGGUUGGAUCCUUCGGAAGCAGCCACCCCCUGCAUCAAAGCCAUCAGCCCCAGUGAAGGCUGGACGACGGGAGGGGCCACCGUGAUUGUGAUUGGGGACAACUUCUUCGAUGGGCUUCAGGUGGUCUUCGGCACCAUGUUGGUCUGGAGUGAGUUGAUCACGCCACAUGCCAUCCGGGUCCAGACGCCACCCCGGCACAUCCCCGGCGUGGUGGAGGUGACGCUCUCCUACAAGUCGAAGCAGUUUUGCAAAGGAGCCCCUGGGCGUUUUGUGUACACAGCCCUGAACGAGCCGACGAUCGAUUAUGGCUUCCAGCGCCUACAGAAGGUGAUUCCACGGCACCCCGGAGACCCCGAACGUUUGCCAAAGGAGGUCCUGCUGAAGAGAGCGGCGGAUCUGGUGGAGGCCUUGUAUGGGAUGCCCCACAACAACCAAGACAUUAUCUUGAAGCGGGCCGCGGACAUCGCCGAAGCCUUGUACAGCGUCCCACGCAACCCGAACCAGCUGACGUCCCUGUCCGGGAACCAUGGUCACGCGGGCAUGAUGGGCGUCAACUCCUUUGGGAGCCAGCUGGCCGUCAACAUCAGCGAGUCCACUCAGGGCUCGGAACAAGGAUACCCGCGCAGCGCAAGCAGCGUCUCGCCCCGGGGCUACGUGCCCAGCUCCACCCCGCAGCAGAGUAACUACACCACAAUCACCUCCAGCAUGAACGGUUACGCGGGGACCACCAUAACUGGUCUUGGGGUGCCAGGCUCCCCCAGUUUUCUCAACGGCUCCACCGCCAACUCUCCCUACGCUAUCAUGCCAUCCAGCCCACCCCUGGGGGCCUCCUCCACCCCUGCCGGCGUCUUCUCCUUCUCUCCGAUCAACAUGAUCUCGGCCGUCAAGCAGAAGAGCGCCUUUGCGCCCGUUGUGCGGCCCCAGGCCUCCCCGCCCCCCCCUUGCGCCAGCACCAACGGGGCCGGCCUGCAAGACCAACCCUUUGAGGAUUCUGCAGACAAGUUUCAAACAGCGUCUCGGUCACUCCAAGGAUUGGCUUAUUCUUAAUCACAGCCUGUCGGGACUCCUCGUCCCGCCCAUGUGAAUCGGAGACGGGAGGACGACGACGCAAAGCGACCGGCACUUGGACUUGCGAGACCCUCCACGGGGCGCCUGGGCCCGGUGCACAAGACCUGGGUUCCAAAACCUCCUCAUCCCUGGCGACCUCCAAGCUGGUUGAGCGCAUCCCAUAGGAUCUCCCUCUCCGGGGCUGAAGGAGGGUGACGGUCAACAGAGGCCUGGAGACCCUCAACUCUGGACUGGGGAAGGGGCUGCUUCGAGAGGAGACGACCAGCAAGGAGGAGAGACCCUCCAUGAUGGGGUCCUUUGCCCAUCUCAUCCCCCUCCGCUUCCAGGAUCACAAGAGAGACUGAGGAGACCCCCAGGGUAGACUUGCUCAUGGCCAAGGGGGGGUGUCUCCAUUUCCCAGCAGGUUUGCUUUUCUUAAAAGCUCUGGGGUCCCCCCCCCACCUGAAGGAAAAGACCCCCAUGCAAGCCAGGCUCCGAGCAUCAGCCCCCCCUCCCUCCCUCCCACCCACCUACCCACCAGGAUUCCUGCUCCCCCCCCCCCCCAGAGCUGCCUUGCUAACAAGCUGGUUUGGAUUCGGUCCUCCCUCCCUCUCUCCCUCGUCCCAGCCCACCCACUCCAUCCUGGCCAAAAGCUGGCUUGUCUGCAGCCCCCUUUCGCUGCUCCCCAAUUUCUCGGCAGGCCUUUCCUCUCGUUGCCGUUGGUAGUCCUCAACAUACGCCCACAAUUGAUCCCCAAAUGUCUGUGGCUUCUGUUGCUACAGUGAGUUGUGCCGCGUUUUACAACCUGGCUUGGCACAGUCGUUACGUGAAUCACCGCAGCCGUUAAGUCGGUCACCCGGGCGUUAAGCGAAUCUGGCUUCCCCCCCCUCCCCACUGACUUCGCUCGUCGGAAGGUCGCGAAAGGGGAAUCCCGGGACGCCGUGACCGUCACAAAUACGAGUCUGAAUUUGGAUCACGUGACGGUCGUACGUGCGAGAAACGGUCACGAGUCGCUUUUUUUCAGUGCCGUGGUAACUUCCAACGGUCACGAAGCGAAGACGACGACCAGCUCUCCUUAACGGGAAGAGACGGGACAAACCCGGUUUUCCCCUCCAGGUUUACAAACGGGGUUAGGCGUUUAUUUUUUUUUAAAAGCCAAUAAUAAUAAUAAUAAUUAAAAAAAAAGCUUCCUUUUUCUUUCCCGCCUUCCUUUUUUCACAUUCUUUCAUCCCCACCCCUCCGAACAAUCCCUAGCCCUUUUUUUUCCAAACUGCCAGUAUACGCUGGCUCGGUUUUUAAGGUGUUUUUUUUUUUCUUUUUUUUUAAAAAAAAAAGUGGGUUUUUUUUUUUCAUCCAGCUCUUCUUUUUGAAAAACCAAAAAGAGAGAGAGGGAGAUUGUAUACCCACCGCAAGCCGCAUUCUCGGUCACGCCUUUUCCAUCCGUCUCUUUCCUCUUUUCGUUUUUUGUUUUGCAAAAAGGAAGAAAGAAAAAGAGAGAGAGAGAAAAAAAAAAGACGGUGUGGGCCCAGCAGCUGGGUGGCUUUUGCGAGUCCCAUCGAAAGCAACCUGCCUGGGAUUUUCCUUGCCUCUUGCAUUAUUUUUCUAGCCUUAUUUCCCAGCGGCAAAGGGGUGGGGGGGUGGGGGGGGCGCAAAUAUCUGUAAAUAAAGACUGCUCGGACAAAAACCCUCCAAGCUGGGAAUCCGAAUCUGUCUGGCCAGGAUCUGUCCGCUGUGUAUUUAUCUUUGUCUCUCCUGUCUUGUGUUUUCCUCGGUCUCUCUUCCCCUCCUUCAUUUCCAUUUUAUCCUUCCUUCCUUCCUUCCUUCCUUCCUUCCUUCCUUCCUUCCUUCCUUCCUUCCUUCCUUCCUUCCUUCCUUCACAGUCUUCAUUGUAUGUUCUGUGAUGAUGUCCUGUUGUACGAAGCACCUGGCUGCACUGUUUGUUUGUUUGUUUUUUUUCAAUGUAAGCACAUGUAAAUUAACGAUUUGCCGCAAUUUCUUAGGAAAAAGCCCUACAAUAUAUCAAUAUACCACUGUUAAUGGC